AUGUCUGCAAUUCCCAUCGUCUUGUGCGGUAGAAAUCCUCCACUCGCACAGGCAGUUCGGCAAAAUCUCAAGCCUGAGUACGACGUAAUCCACAUAAUCUCCUCUCCAACUGCUGGCACAAGUGAUCUUCCACUUCUUCUAGCCUCUCCGUUCACUGUACCGCCAAACUCUCAAUCCAAUCUCGGGUCUCAGAACUAUGCCAAGCGGCCAGCUGCAGUUGUUGUAGGCGGAGGAUUUGACGACCAAAUUUUCAAACAGAUGAAGGAUGCUUGUAAAGAAACGAGGGAUGUACCGUGGGGUAAAGCAGACCUUUCGAUGAGCGGGGAGAUGCCUAACUACAAUGAUGUCGACGCUUUUGGAAAAGCUGUCGCACGGAGGGUUAAGACGCGCCUGUUGGAGUUGGACAUUGGCGGGAGGAAUGGCGUCGAGGGUGGUGAAUUCAGGUAUUGA